UCAAUCCUCUCUUUUUUUCUUCCUCUUCCCUCUUUCUUAGUCUCCCCUAUAAAUCUCCCCUUUGUCUCCUCCUCCUCUUCUCACAUUUCUCGGGAGAACCAUCAACUUAGACGAGUUAUUCCGUUUAUCAUCUCCGUUUCUCCCGUCUUUUCAGCCGGAGAUCUUGGUAAAGCGAGAUGGAACCACAUGGACUAAGAGCUGUAGGUUCACACACUUCUCUGUCGGAGAUGGACGAUCUUGAUCUGAGCCGAGCAUUAGACAGACCGAGGUUGAAGAUCGAACGGAAGAGAUCUUUCGACGAGAGGUCAAUGAGUGAACUGUCUAGGCACGAUUCUCCAAGAGGCAGGUCGGUUCUCGACACCCCUCUCUCUUCUGCUAGAAACUCCUUUGAGCCUCAUCCUAUGAUGGCUGAGGCCUGGGAGGCUCUUCGGAGGUCUAUGGUCUUCUUCCGUGGCCUUCCUGUUGGUACUCUCGCUGCUGUCGAUAAUACUACCGACGAGGUCUUAAAUUAUGACCAGGUGUUUGUGCGUGAUUUUGUACCAAGUGCACUGGCGUUUCUGAUGAACGGUGAAUCGGACAUAGUGAAACAGUUUCUGCUCAAGACACUUCAGCUUCAAGACUCCGAGAAGCGUGUUGACUGUUUCAACCUUGGCAAAGGUGUGAUGCCUGCAAGCUUCAAGGUGAGUCACGAUCCAAUCCGGGAGACAGACCACCUCGUUGCAGAUUUUGGUGAAACCGCCAUUGGAAGAGUGGCACCUGUGGAUUCAGGGUUCUGGUGGAUCAUCCUUCUCCGUGCUUACACCAAGUCAACCGGAGAUUUGACUCUCUCGGAGACACCAGAGUGUCAAAAGGGAAUGAAACUCAUCCUCUCUCUGUGCUUAGCUGAAGGGUUCGAUACCUUCCCCACGCUGCUUUGUGCUGAUGGAUGUUCCAUGAUUGAUCGUAGAAUGGGUGUUUAUGGGUAUCCAAUUGAGAUCCAAGCGUUGUUCUACAUGGCUCUGAGAUGUGCCUUGUCGAUGCUAAAGCCUGACGGAGAUGGUAGAGAGGUCAUUGAGAAGAUCACUAAGCGACUUCACGCCUUGAGCUUCCAUAUGCGUAACUACUUCUGGCUUGAUUACCAGCAACUCAAUGACAUUUACAGGUUCAAGACCGAGGAAUACUCACACACGGCGGUGAACAAGUUCAAUGUGAUGCCAGACUCAAUACCAGAGUGGGUUUUUGAAUUCAUGCCUCUUCGGGGAGGCUACUUUGUGGGUAAUGUAGGACCUGCCCAUAUGGACUUCCGGUGGUUUGCACUCGGCAACUGCGUCUCCAUACUCUCGUCCUUGGCCACUCCAGAUCAGUCCAUGGCCAUUAUGGACCUUCUUGAGCACAGGUGGGCUGAGCUUGUAGGCGAGAUGCCCCUCAAAAUUUGUUAUCCUUGCCUCGAGGGCCGCGAGUGGCGCAUCAUCACUGGCUGUGACCCCAAGAACACUCGGUGGAGCUACCACAACGGUGGUUCUUGGCCAGUUUUGUUGUGGCAGCUAACUGCAGCGUGCAUUAAGACAGGAAGACCGCAGAUCGCGAGACGUGCGGUUGACCUGAUAGAAUCGCGUCUUCACAGAGACUGCUGGCCAGAGUAUUACGACGGUAAGCUUGGACGGUACGUGGGGAAACAGGCUAGGAAGUACCAGACCUGGUCAAUCGCUGGUUACUUAGUGGCUAAAAUGUUGCUAGAAGAUCCUUCACACAUCGGUAUGAUAUCCCUCGAUGAAGACAAACUUAUGAAACCAGUUAUCAAGCGAUCUGCGUCUUGGCCGCAACUUUGAAAAACAGGUCUCUGUUUCUGGUCUGUUCAGUACUUGUCACUUUACAAUUUUUUGUUUUUGUUUUUGUUUUGUUUGGCUGUUUGUAUGAUAAUGAUAUUAAUAACUUCUGCGGAAGAUGGGGUCAUAGACUUUAUUGAUUGCUUCUUUCUUGCCUUGCAAGUAAGAAGAAAAGAAAUGGGAAAAGAUCGUUUGCCGUU